AUGUACGGGAGCGCUCGCUCCGUCGGGCAUGCCGAGGGCAGCCCUGCCCGCUCGCCCCGCCUGCCCAGGUCCCCCCGCCUGGGCCACCGGCGCCUGGGCGGCAGCGGGGUCAUCAGCGGAGGUGGCGGAGAAGGAGCAGCGGUAGGAGGCAGAGGAGUGGGCGGAGGAGGAGGAGGAGGGAAGACCCUCUCCAUGGAGAACAUCCAGUCGCUGAACGCCGCCUACGCCGCCUCGGGGCCGGUCUACCUGGGCGACCACGACGUCAUGACGUCCAGCGCCUACCCCAAGGCCACCAUGACCCUGGGCCGGGCCACCAACCGGGCCUCGUACAGCAGCCGCGCCACGGCCAUGGGCAGCAGCCCCAACAUCAACAUGGAGUCGUCUGGAGGCGGCUACCGGGACCGGGAACGGGAGCGCGACCGGGACAGCGACACCACCAUGCACCUGCACUCGCUGCAGAGCGGAGUCAGUGGUGGCGGCGGUGGUUCGUCGACGUCGUCGCUGUUGCGGCAGGCGGUGCGUAGCGGCGGCGGCGGCGGCGGCUCGGAGAGCCCGCUGCUGGACAUGCACACGCAUCUGCGCGAGCUGCAGCGGGAGAACGAGCUGCUGCGGCAGGAGCUGGACGUCAAGGACAACCAGCUGGGCUCGUCCAUGAACAGCAUCAAGAACUUCUGGAGCCCCGAGCUCAAGAAGGAGCGCAGCCUGCGCAAGGACGAGGCCGGACGCACCUCGCUGGUCCGCGAGCAGAUGAGGGCGGGCCAGGACGAGAACCAGCACUUGCAGAUGACCAUCCAGGCGCUGCAGGACGAGCUGCGCACCCAGCGGGACCUGAACCAGCUGCUGCAGCAGGAGAGCCGCCACGGCGGCAUGGGGGGCGGCGUGAGCCCCGAGCGCCUGUCGGCCGUGGAGCCCACCGAGGAGAACUUCCAGCGGCUGCACACGGAGCACGAGCGGCAGGCCAAGGAGCUCUACCUGCUGCGCAAGACGCUGGAGGAGAUGGAGCUGCGCAUCGAGAGCCAGAAGCAGACGCUGGCCGCCCGCGACGAGUCCAUCAAGAAGCUGCUGGAGAUGCUGCAGACGGGCAAGGGGCUGCCCGGCAGCCUGGCCGACGGAGAGGGCGGCGGCGGGGGGAUGCGCGCGCGUCGAGAGGCCGAGGAGCAGCUGGGCCACCUGGAGGUCAUCCUGGAGCAGAAGGAGAAGGAGAACCUGCACCUUAGGGAGGAGCUGCACCGCCGGAACCAGCUGCAAGCGGACCCCACCAAGACCAAGGCCCUGCAGACCGUCAUCGACAUGAAGGACACCAAGAUCGCCUCCCUGGAGCGCAACAUCCGCGACCUGGAGGAUGACAUCCAGAUGAUGAAGACCAACGGCCUGCUCCACACGGACGGGGCCGAGCGCGAGGAUGACCUCAAGCAGGUGGAGGUCUACAAAAGCCACUCCAAGUUCAUGAAGAGCAAGAUUGACCAGCUGAAGCAGGAGCUGUCGAAGAAGGAGUCGGAACUGCUGGCCCUGCAGACCAAACUGGAGACGCUGACCAACCAGAACUCCGACUGCAAGCAGCACAUCGAGGUGCUGAAAGAGUCCCUCUCUGCCAAGGAGCAGAGAGCCAACAUCCUGCAGACCGAGGUUGAUGCUCUGCGGGUGCGUCUGGAGGAGAAGGAGUCGUUCUUGAACAAGAAGAGCAAACAGCUGCAGGAGCUGACCGAGGAGAAGGGCACGCUGAACGGAGAGAUCCGCGACAUGAAGGACAUGCUGGACGUCAAGGAGCGCAAGGUCAACGUCCUGCAGAAGAAGAUCGAGAACCUGCUGGAGCAGCUGAAGGACAAGGACAAGCAGCUGGGCAGCCUGAGAGAACGAGUCAAGUCCCUGCAGACCGACUCCAGCAACACAGACACGGCCCUGUCCACUCUGGAAGAGGCCCUGUCUGAGAAGGAGCGGAUCAUCGAGCGACUGAGAGAGCAGCGCGAGAGGGACGAUCGGGAAAAGCUUGACGAGCUGGACACCUACAAGCGCGAGAACAAGGAACUGAAGGACAAGCUGGCGUCCCUGCAGAGCCAGCUCACCAACAAAGAGUCCUCUCUGAUAGACCUGAAAGAGCAGGCGUCGUCGCUGGCCUCCGAGGCCCUGAAAAGGGACUCCAGACUCAAAAGCCUGGAGCUGGCCGCAGAGCAAAAGACCCAGGAGUAUAGUAAGCUGGAGGGCCAGCUGCAGAAGGCGGAGGAGGCCGCGCGGCGCAGUAGCCCUGACGUGGCGGAGCGUGUGAGGGCGCUGGAGGGGGAGGUGGUGCAGCACAGGGAGGAGGCGGGCAAGUCCAAGGCCGAGGUGGAGCGGCUGCUGGGCCUGCUCAGGGACGUGGAGGCCGAGCGCGCCGACAAGGACCAGAGGCUCGCCGAGCUGGAGAGGCAAGCCAAGCUGCCAAACGUUAAAGCCACACAGCCUGCUCAGUCGACUCAGAAGAAGGAUGGACUGCCAGAUGGAGCCCCUCCUCCCCAGCAGCAGGGUGGUGCGCGGGAGACGUUGGAGCGCAUCAGGGAGCUGGAGCGACAGCUGAAGGACAGCAUGAACACCUCCACCCACAGGGAGGCGCUGUGGGCACAGGAGGAGCAGGCGCGCACUGCAGCACAGAGACAGUUGGAGGAGUUGAUGGGUGCUCUAGAAAAGACCAGGCAGGAGCUGGACAUCACCAAGCAGCGCCUGUCCUCUACCCAGAAUUCCCUUGCGGAGCGCGACGGUCACCUGAACAGCCUGCGGCAGGAACGCAGGAAACAGCUGGAGGAGAUUCUGGAGAUGAAGCAGCAAGCCCUGUUGGCAGCCAUUAGCGAGAAAGAUGCGAACAUCGCCCUGCUGGAGCUCUCCGCCUCCAAGAAGAAGAAGACCCAGGACGAAGUGAUGGCCCUCAAGAGGGAGAAGGACCGCCUCAUGCACCAGCUCAAGCAGCAGACCCAGAGCAGGAUGAAGCUCAUCGCCGAUAACUACGAUGACGGGCACAUGCAUCCGCCCCAUCCCCCCCACCCUCAUCAUCCUCCAGCUCACCACCCCCACCCGGGGCACCACAGGGGCCCUCCACGAGGACCCCCCCACGCCGCCAACCACCGACCCCCCCCAGACCAGGACGAUGAGGAGGGCAUCUGGGCAUGAUCGUAGCCAUGGAAACGGAUGCUCCAUUUUUGUUGGCAGGGAUGAGCUGGUUGUUGCUGAGGAGGUGAAAGAGGUCUGAAUCUGAGUCCAUGUUUCUGUCCCCCUUUCUGAAGUUUUCUGGACCCUACGUUUGUCUGAGAUGCACCAUCUCUCUCACAUACAUGCAGAUACACACACACACACACACACACACACACACAGACUGAAGAAGAGAGGGGAGGAAGACGCCUGACUGAGGAGACAGAGAGCACAACUGGACCUCCACGUUGCCAACCAUCCUGCAGCAUAUCUCCUCCUCCUCCCUGGUACCUCCUCUCUCACUCACACUCACUUACACACACACACACACACACACACACACACACACACACACACACACACACACACACACACACACACCUACUCACACACUCUCCUCAAGCUGGCAUGAAUAACCACAAGCGGCCUGACCGCAGUGGGCCAGGCUCUAACCUCAGACAAACCCAAGGAGGACCUGUAAAAAGCAAGCCACCCAUCACUCACCAACCAUGACCAGACCAGACUAGGCCAACCCAGCCCAGCCCAGCCCAGCCCCAGCCCAACCCAGGGCUGAUCUGUUCAGCAUGGAUGCCCAGGCAGGCUGGCUGGCUUCAGAGAGCGAAUCCCAGGCCUUUUUCUUUUUCACCAACUCUGUGCCAUGGCGAAGUCAUAAAUGUGUUGUGAACAUGUUUAUAAAUGUUAAAGACAUUACGGGAAAGGAAAGGAGGAGGAGGAGGAGGAGGAGGAAGGGGGAGGAGAGGGUUCUCCAGCCUCAAAUGCCCAAGGCAGGGUGCUCGUGCAGUAAGCUGGUCUGCCUUAAAAGUGAGCCCACAGACUCUGUCAAACAUGUCACAUACAUACACACACACACACACACACACAAAAGCCAAUGCUGAAGAGGAAAAACACUAUUGACAGCCACCCUUUCGCUCACUCUCCAACCUUAAAGCCUGUUAUUUGGAACUUCCUGUUUUGCUAACCGCACAAACGUAUGGAGAUGUAUCUGUUUUUUCCUCUCUCUCUCUUCCUGUCUUUUUCUCUCUCUUUUUUUCGCCCUUCUUGGAGAAGAUGAAUUUCCCUCCCCUUCCUAAGUUACCAUGGCAGAACGCUACCCCGUCCAAAAUGUUUGACAAUCGCAUCGCUGCGUUUCUGGGACCCGGACAAGCUCCAAAGUUGAUUUUUUGAGAGGGGGCGACACGAGGUCAGGGCUCAAGUUUCCUACCUGGCGUUUAUGGAAACCCGUGAAGCGUCCAUCCACACAGCAGGUCACAAGAGGGUGUAUGUGUGUGUGUGCGUGUGUGUGUGCGUGUGUGUGUGUGUGUGUGUGUGUGUGACUCACCUGUACAUUAGCCUCUGUCCACUCUUCACCUGCUCUCCCCCUCUUCCAGAUUUAUAUAUAUGCCCCACUCCGACACACACACACACACACACACACACACACGCGCGCGCGCACGUGCGUCUCCCAAGGAGCAUGGAGGAAUGUCAUGGCAAGAACACGGCAGGAACAGGUAGUUCUGCUCUCCUAUCCUUCAAGCUUCAUCUGGAACAACAUCUGUGUUUGUUAUCCUGUGUAUCCAGAGGAGAUCUCCCCUUUGCUUACUGGUCAGUGAGUGCAACAGAACAUGCAUACAGGCUGCGACUCUGGCUUCAUGUAUUUAUUAUUUAUGCGAUUAUUUAUUUAUUUAUUUAUAGAUUUAUUUAUUUUCAAGGACACUGCGCUCACAUGUCAAGUGCUCUGAUCAUGUCUGGCGGCUGCGUCUCAGACGUCGGCGAAGCCUUUUUUUUUUUUUUUUUUUAAACGUCCAGGAUGCCAGACAGAAGCAGACGCUCGGAACAGGAAGUGUCUUGCUGUUCUGACCCCGUGGGAAUGCCUCGUCCACGGGAGCCCGGGGAGUUUGUUCGUCUCGCUGCCAUCACCGGGGACAGGGCAGCUUGUCUGCCGAGACGUUUGGACACUGACGCAGCGUAAUGUCAUGGACAUUGCAACGGCGGUCUGGUGGAGUGGCUAUCAACUGGAGAUGGCAGAAGGGUCCCAGGCGUUCCCCAGAAUAUUCCUCUCCAGCAGUGCCUCUGGCAGAAGUGGCCCAUGGAGGUGUGUGUGUGUGUGUGUGUGUGUGUUUGUGUGUGUUUGUGUGUGGUAAUACUCAAUUGUAUAAAUGGAACCUGUAAGAAUAGUUCCAAAAGUUUCUGCGUUUCCUGCGUUUAUGUUCCUUUUUUUCCUGCACCAAUAGCAAGACUUUUACCUUUCCCUGCAACUUUUCGGAAGUCCAGACAAGUCUGGUUGAGCAGAUUAUAUCUACUGAAGAGAAGUUGCCACAUAUGGCAGAAAUCAUCUCUGUUUUUCAAUUGUAUCACAGAUAUUCCUUGUGUGGUUGAUUUUUGUGGUAUCUUUCUAACUCCCCCUGGGUCAAAAACUAAGAAUAAACAAACUUGGGGAAAGAACGCAUGUUUAUUAGCUUCCAUGGUCAAGAUUGUAGUGUAUGGACCGUAAUGAGGAUCGCACCACUAGCAUUGACUUGUGUUGACCUCUGACCUUCCACACACAGGAAGUGAUGUUCUGCUUUCCGGUACUUGAAGUACGAGUUUUCUUGUGAACUGAUAAAAAAAAGAGCUCUUGUUCUAGUUUUGUGCCAAAUGAAUGUUUACUGAAAACAUUGAGAUUGAUGUUACAAGAUGUGAUGUGAAUGAUUAAGAAGUGUGUUUUCCUCAGAACGCUUCCUGAGAAACUAAAAAGGUCUUGUUUACCCUUAUUUAAAGGUUCUUCGAGUUGUGUAUUGAAAAAGAAAACCUCCUUCAGGAAUGCUCUCUUGUUCUGUGUGCAGGACUUGCUGUGUGUGUUUGCACUGUGAAUGAAUACAUCUGUCUUUUAUCUCUCUCUCUCUCUCUCUUUCUUUUUCAUUUGACUGUAAAAUUUGUACUUUUGUAAGAGUCCUCUGCCAUAUACCCAAUGCUCUUCUUUUUAUCCAUAGUGUUUUCUAUAUGUCAAACAAUGCAAAUGUUUCUAUUGAUUGGAUUGCUCUGUUUAUAUAUAUUUUUCACCAUUUUCUUGUUUAAUUAUUCAAUUGAAUUGUGUGUGUGUGUGUGUGUGUGUGUGUGUGUGUGUGUGUGUGUAUGGACCUCUAUCGCAUACUUAAGGGUUUCUCAGGCUUAUGGUAAAGCUUCAUAGUAAACAGGAAGGUAGAAUGCAAGCACGGUUUGAAUAAUAGUCUUAACACUAUUAUUCCAUUCAAGAACCCAAGUCCAGAGUAUACAGGAUCCAGUCCUUUGAUCAAAUACAUUAUUUUAAAUUGUAGUGUAGUGUGUGUGUGUGUGUGUGUGUGUGUGUGUGUGUGUGUGUGUGUGUGUGUGUAUAAAGUAAAGCUGGUGUUGCCUAGACUUCUCAUCUUAUACAUGUAUCUGUACAGAAAAAAAUAGUUUAGGACCAAAUUAUUUAUUUUAAAGGAUAUAUUUUAUACCAGACAAUGACUUCCUUAAUUUUCAUCGGAAAAAUAUUAAAAUAAAGAUAGCUUCUCUUAAAUGUCCUGAGCUGAGCUUGCUUGGCAUGUUUACAUGAACUGUGGUCAUUGAAACCAUGUCUUUUCAUUUCGCUAAUGCCUUGUAUGUGUAUGUGAAUGUGCAAUAAUAAUAAAAAAGAAUAAGACAUUUGGCCAAUGCAAAAGUAGAACACUUAGUUGACAUUUCACCCUAUUUUAAAUCUGUUGCUAAAACAAUUUAUGUCCCUGCAAAAAAAAUAUGUUUUAAGAAUAAUCAUCUCAUGUUUUUUGCAGUAAGGUACAUGUACUAAAUUAGUAUAUUAUGUUCAACAUUUUGAAAAAAGUAUUCAGUUAGCAUGUGUCUCAUUUCACAGGAAAUCAUCAGGAAAUACUAUGAAGUUGUUGCACUUGGUACACAUAAUGGUUGUAGGUUGAUAUCCCCAUGAAUCUAGCGGGUGCAGCACUUUCUUUUUCGUAUUUCUUUAUUGAGGAAAUAAAUAUAUAAUUCAUAGAAUAUGGUAUAAAGUAAAAUAUUAAGGUGAUAAGUCUCGGCAAGGGUAGCAUUGUGUGUGUGUGGGCUGUAUGUGUACAUAUUAAAUAUUGUGUGUGUGUGUGUGUGUGUGUGUGUGUGUGUGUGUGUGUGGCAUGUUCAGGCUCUUACUAUUUAUGAUAUACAGUAUAGAUGGGACUUGCCCCUGUCCCUGUCCUGGACUGUGGGCAUGUGUCACUGUCCUCUGCUAAGUCAUGGAGAUGUUUGUGACAGAUCUGCAACAAUCUUAAACAUUGGUCUUGAAGACUUUUCUCUCUCUCUCUCUCUCUCUCUCUCUCUCUCUCUGAAGCAUUCUGCUUGUUUCUGCUCAUUCAAUAAAGGUUUGCUUUUCUUUA